CAGAUAUGGUAAAUACUAAUAAUAGCGGAGCUAGUGCCAGUGGCAGAGCCACGAGUUUCCAACUCAAGGCACAUAAAUCUGAUCAAAGCGAAACAUUUACUCAUUUAUAUGAACAAUUCAAGAAAAAACUUGGUAUUAGCUGGGAAGCUAGCAUGGCUAAUGGCAAUGUACCAAAGCAAACAGAACACGAUCCCGAAGGAAAAACACUUGCUGAUUCAUAUAAGUUAUUAUUAAAUUUGGUGGGAGAUUUAAUACCGAUACAGGAAAAUCUCGACAUCGAUGGCAAUCCCGUUCUAGCGGAGUGUUAUAACAAUGUGGCAAAUCAGAGCAAUAAGGAUUUUACUGAUUUAUCACUUUCGAAAUUAUUUAAUUUGCUUUUAUACUUAGAGGAGGAUAUAAUGGCAAUUCAGGAAGAACUUGGUAUUGUCGGUUAUACUAAUCAAGAAACA